AUGGAGAUACUUUCGAGAAUGCUAGACCGUGGAGCUACGGAACAAAGGUUGUGCUUGCACCCGAAAUGUGAGUCACCACUCAUAACUCAUCUCACAUUUGCAGAUGAUGUUAUGAUCUUCACCACUGGAGACGCACAAUCACUGGUUCAUGUCAAGGAGAUUCUAGCAACCUUCAGUGGGUACUCGGGACUUCAUUUGAACAUGGCGAAAACCGAAAUAUUCCUCGGGGGCAUGACACAGCAGGAAGCUUCGGACCUUAGUGCAUCGCUUGGGAUCCAAGUAGGGACACUACCUGUUAGGUACUUGGAGGUGCCUUUGAGCCACUCGCGCAUGUCUAAAUCAGAUUAUCAACCUUUGCUGGACAGAAUCAAAGCAAAACUCACCUCCUGGACCACCAAGAAACUAUCUUAUGCGGAGAGGAUACAAUUAAUAAGCUCAGUUAUAUAUGACCUAGUAAAUGCUUGGGGAAUGGUGUUUCUGUUGCUGAAAUACUUCAUGAAGCAAGUGGACAGUCUUUGCUCGGGGUUCCUCUGGUCUGGCAGUUUGGACGCGGAACAACGUUUUCAAGGGAAAGGGUUUCUGGAACGCUCAUCUUCUCCUCGGUUCUCAUGGAACAUGAGAAAAUUGCUUAGUCUAAAAGACGUGGCAAUGAGAUUACUGACCAUCAGGAUUGGUAAUGGGAGAACAACCCUUUUUUGGCAUGAUCCAUGGACAACGCUUGGUUCACUUAUUAGCUACGUAGGUGAAUCGGGACCACGAAGCUUCAGGUUGUCAUCCCUGGCAAAUGUCAGUAGUGCAACAAAUGCUGAAAGAUGGGCUUUGCCAAGCGCACGUUCCGACAGACAACAAGAACUUCUUACACACCUAGCCGCUCUAACACCCCCGACUGCGGAUGGACCGACGGAUCAACCCUUGUGGAAGUAUGGCGAAGACGACUACAGGACAUACUUUUAG